CAGAGAUCGAGGGCGAUCACAAGUCGAAGCGCGAUUCCGCGCACUCCGCACUCUUUCAAAGGGAGCACGUCCGCCGCAAAGAGGAACCCGUGACGGGUUUUUGAGCAAAAUUGCGCAGCAAAAAAGCAUCAAUUUAGGGCUACGCGUCACGAUACGGUCCACCAGUAGCCUACAGGGACUCCAUAUUCAUCGAAGGACGCGUUGCUGCGAUCGCUUUCGGACCGGGAGACCUAGCAGCUGGAACCCAAGGAUGUGCAAAGCGUUCUGCCGCGGGCUGUGCUCGAUCCUGAGCUCAUCAGCUAUUCUGGUCUUAGACCUCGUCGACGUAGCCGUAGGCGCGGCGCUCCUCUUUUCUCCCCUCCUCUGGUCGUCGUACGUCACCGCCGCGCCGGCGACGAUCGCCCUCCCGUCGUACGGCGCGUGCCUCGUGAUCCUGAGCGCCGUCUCGCUCUUCGGCGUCGGGUUUCGGUCGAACCGAGGGCUGAUUGGGGCCGGGGUGUUGGCUUCUCUGUCCUUUGUCACGGAAUUCACUGGCGGCCUCAUCAUAGCGUCGGACCCGGACUUCGCGGCAAAGCUGGGCCUCGAGAUCCCUACGGGCUGGGCGCUCCUCGUGGUCGUGGCCUCCUUGCGCCACGCGGUCCGCGGGGCCUCGAACGGCGCGCUUGGCCGCGCGCGCGACGCCUUCGACGCGUUGCGCGCGAGAAGGCGAGCCGAAGAACAGGCGGCGCCGUCGCAGCUGAGCGAGCGGCUCCUCGAGCGUCGCGCCGACCGCGCCGCCAUGCGCGCGGAGCUGACGGCCAAAUACUUCUCCGAGGAGAGUCCGAAGCCCGAGCCGCGGACGUGGUGGUCCCUCCGGAAAAGCGAGCCCGAGGAGGAGGCCGCCGCCGAAUUGCCGAGCUUCAUUCUGCGGUCGAAGAACUACGCGGCGCCUCGGAGCUUUGACGACGACGAGGAAAACGGUUUUGCCAUCUAGUAACAUAUCCCGUCGACGGGAUAUGUUACACGGCGCGCCGGUGCAAUCGACCUCCGGGC